UAGAGCCGGACCACGGCUCGCCCCGUCGCAGCAGCCAUGGGCUCCCUGCAGCAGCGCUUCCAGACCUUCCUCGACCAGCCCAACCUGCUCACCGAUCUGCUGGGCCGGCUGGAGGCCAAGACCGGCGUCAAGCGCUACUAUCUGGCCACAGGUACCAUCACUUUCCUGGGGCUGUACCUCAUGUUUGGAUACGGCGCCUCACUGCUGUGCAAUCUUAUUGGCUUUGUCUACCCAGCCUACGUUUCCAUCAAAGCCAUUGAAAGCACUGACAAGGACGAUGAUACCAUGUGGCUCACAUACUGGGUGGUAUAUGGAGUCUUCCAUGUGGCAGAGUUUUUUUCCGACACCUUCCUCUACUGGUUCCCGUUUUACUAUGCUGGAAAGUGCCUGUUCCUGGUCUGGUGCAUGGCGCCUGUCUCCUGGAAUGGCUCCCAGGUGUUGUACCAAAAAGUUAUCCGGCCCUUCUUCCUGAAGCACCACCGGAUAGUAGACAGCGUGAUCAGUGACCUGAGCGGCACAGCGCUCGAUGCUGCUUCGACAGUCACCAGAGAAGUUCUCUCUACUCUGGCCGACAGCAGAGCCCGUCUGGUGUCCGAGGUGGCCACAGCUCAGCUUGUCUCAUCCAAAGCAACAGUGAACCUUGGUCUAGAAUCUGACAAGACCAAGUGAGGAUGGAGCUCCUAGGGGCCGGCUGUUCUGAGUUUUCCACUGCAACUCCCUAAACCAAAGGCUUGAAGUAACCCACGGGCACCCGCCAAUAAACCAGUGAUCCCCUUCCCACUCUGAAACCAUGCUGGCCAGCAGCGACAGCAAGCAACUGGCUCCAAGGUGUCUAAGAAGUACAGCUUCCAGAUCUCCCCAAACCCCAAGAGCUCCAGCAGAUCUAAAAUUGCGAACAGGCCCGUGCUGGGAGUCGGCACGUGGGACCAUCUGAUCUCAAAUAGACACAGUUCGGUAGUUCAUGUUUUACAGGCAGCCUUUAUUCUGCAGGAAAGCUGUCGGCUCUGCACUAGAUAUCACAGGGGCUGCUGGUGCAUUUUCCCCCAUGGUGUUUUUGUGAUGUAGGGCACAGAUUGGAGUGGGGAGGGGGAGACAGUCCACUGGAGCUAGCCUGAGACCUGGCCUUCUAGUAUUUUUGUGGCCUGAGCGUAGGUGUUGACUCAUGAUGCAGUGUAACUCCCUUGGUGGAUGGAUCCUGCAGCAUUUACCACUGGCUAUUAAGCCUUCAAGGCCCCCAUCCCGUUUCCCCUCCCCCAGGCCCCUCAGUUCUCCUAACACAGGAUCCUUUGCAAUAAACCACAGCACAAAGGGGAGAAGAAAGUGGGUUCUGUAGCCACUGGCUCUUCAGCUGUCAAUCCCACGGGUUCUUUUCCUGUCUGGCUUGUUCAGUUUUCACUUCAGCAGGCUGAGGUCCAGCGUUCCAGAGCAGGCAGCAAUACACAUCCCCUCACACACCCCAGCAUUGUGCUCCUCCUCGCUGAAGUCAGGGGCCAAGCUUCCCACUUUAGUAGCCGUGGCCCUUCUAGGUAAACAGCCAAGCCGAGAGAGGUGCCAGUUGGCUGAAUGCAAUAGGGGACAGGUGGCCUUUGUGGGGAGGGGGUGUUAGCGCCAGCCUGUGAGCAGCACAUGCUCCAUAGCCUGCGGAUCUGGAGCUGGGCUUACAUCAUAAGCAGGCUGCUUUGGCAAUCGUGUGUUCUGAUAGUCUGGUUAAGUGUUGGCUCUGCAGAACUGGACAAGGCCGAAUCUUCCAGUGGGGUGUGUGCUUGGGCAGGAUGCUUUAAGGGCAUGUUUGCUUUCCAGGGGGUUGGCCUUAGAUUUUUGCUAAUCUUAAUCCUGUUUGAGUGUGGAAAAACCUGAUCUUCGUCUGCCCCUCUACACUUCAGGAGCUGAACUCUAGCAUGUCUGCAUUCUGCUUGCAAUUUGCCAUCUCCCUCCUCUUUCAAAAAUCAAAUGUUAAUUUAUCUAAUUUACUUAAUCAGAUCCUGGCAGGGGCCAAUCUCAAGCUGUGAAUUCUGCAGGGAGCAACUGGCUUCCGUUUGUCCUCCAUGGUGACUCCAAGUUACAGCAGUUCAUGUACUGUCUGCUUUUUUAUUUAAAAAAAGUUGCUCGUGA